CAUGAAGUACGCACUCCUCGCAUUCACCGUGGCCGCCGCUGCCUUGGCUCAAGACCACAUUGUCCCAGCCGAAGUCGUUUGGGGCGAUGAGGCCCCUGACGACGGUUUCGAAAUCCUCGGGGGCCAGGAAGCCCAAUUCGGCAAGCACCGUUAUGUGGCUGGGCUCAAGAAGUCACGCGAUGCUAAUACCACGUGCGGCGGCAGUUUGAUCGCCCCCAAUGUCGUUUUGACAGCGGCGCAUUGUUUGACUGGUAAACUACGUGUCGUGGUCGUGGGCACGCACUAUUUAACCGGUUUUGCCGACGGAGAACUGGCCAAUAUCAUCCAGGAAAUCAAACACCGCAAACCCACCGACGUGGGCAUCGCAAUCUUGGACCGCAACAUCACGACCAUCCAACCUGUGGCGGUGUCGUUUGAAUUCGUUCCGGCGGGCGUGCUCACUUGGGUGCGCGGCUGGGGACUCGUCACGAAUCGUGGCUUCCAACCGCAAGUGCUCAAGGAGGUCAACGUCACGACCUGGAGCAACACCGCGGCCUCGGCUGCGUUGUCCUUUCCAUUGGCCGAUACGACACUGAGUGCUGGAGGCGUGGAAGGAGAAGACGCGUGUACCGGCGACUCGGGGGGACCGUUGACCAUCGAAGAAAACGGUACCGCGCGCUUGGUGGGGGUGUCCAGCUGGGGCUUUAGCUGUGGUGUACACGGCGAACCAGGUAUCUAUGAACGCGCCAGCGCUAUUCGUAACUUCAUUGAACCGUACUUGCCGAAAUAAGUCAAACAUGCGCAUGCCAUAAUGAAAGCGACAUCGCCAACAUCCAACCCACUUAGUUGAGCAUACAACCGACUUGGUUAUGGAACGCCAAACUCGCUCGUGUAGUACGUAAUGUGUUUUAGUUAACUUGAUAAAUACUCGGGA